CAUCCUUGAAGUUCAACAAUCAAAUAUGGCAAACCAAUUAUCACCACCCUUUGGCACUCCCAUCAUCGCACAUCAGUACUGUGCUCCAGGUCCACAUCCUGUUGAUCUGAUAAUCACAAAGGAGAGGAGUAGAGCAGAUAAUUUCACUGUGACAGACACCAAUGGCAACAUAGUUUUCACUGUUAAGAGCAAUCUCGUAAGCAUUGUAAAACCCCGCAAACACAGUUUCUUGUUUGACUCUCAUGGAAACCCCAUUGUUCAUCUUCGCAGAUCGAUUCAGAAUAAUGUUUGGAAAGCAUUCAGAGGUCAAAGUGAAGAAUCUAGGGAUCUGAUAUUUACAAGACACAAUUCCUCACUUUUUCAGCUAAGGUUGAAAUUCGACGUGUUCUUGGCAAAUAAUGUCACUGAUGUUUGUGACUUCAAAAUCAAAUCAAGUUGGUCUGGACGCUGGGAUGUUUACAUAGGCGAUUCCAACAUACUUGUUGCCCAGAUAAAUACAAAGCUUGGCACUAUGUUUAGCAGAGAGAAGUACAUGGUGUCCGUGUUUCCAAACAUCGAUCAUGCAUUCAUUGUGGCUCUAAUUUUAACUCUUCAACUUUGAUGAGUUACCACAUGAUUGAAUCAUACUCGAAUAUCUCAAUUUCUUUUUGAAUUUUUUUAAUUGUUUUGACAUUUUGUAAAUUCUUUAUUAUAUGAAAGUUCUAUUAUUAAAUGAGUGGCAUCUUAUGCAUAGUUCAAUUUCAAUUAUAAAUUAUCAGAUGAUGAGAAAGAAGAAGGAACUUUAAACUUCAACUUAUUCUAUGUUUAUGUUGAAAAGUCAAAAAGUGUGGCUGAAAUCCUGCAAGAAAUGGAGCAAAGUAUGGCCAUAGGACAUGGAGCAAAACAUGGGGAAAGUUGCGGAAAGUAAGUGGCUGCAAUUUUUAUUCAAAAGGCCUUUGGAAUAGUGCCCAUCCUUCAAGUAUAAAAGGGGCAUUUUGCAGCAUGCAUUUGAAUCAUCACAUAACACAACACUUCAAAGCAUUCUCGGCAGAGUUUGCAAAUUAUCACCAGCGAGAGGUAGAAAAACUAAGAGAGAAUUAGUUUAGUUUCUGGGUGUAAUUGGGUUGUGGGUUUUAAGUGACUGUGAGAGAGUUUUGUAAGCAUCAGUGUACUUUUAUUAUCUCCUAUUAAAAGAUCUGCAGUAGUCUGGAGAC